AUGAUGACAAGGCCACAAAGAAGCUAAAGUUCGCCCCUGACUCGUGUCAAUUUGACGACCAGACAAUAAUUUAUUAGGCUCUCUUUUUUUUACCAGUGAGUGGUGUUCCCAAGUGGUAGAAUUUUAGUGCAAGCCUCCAUUUUUAUCGGUAAAAUGAAUACUAGGUGCGACUAGUUUUAGGCCGGACAAGUUUUGUCGACGGGAGUUUACCGCAAUGGACACGUUUUUAGUAAUUGCAACUUGCUUGGCACUUUUGUGCACAGCGAAUGAGGUGAAUGCAGAAACAGACAUCUCAAAAACUGAUUCAGCAAAAAACGCUUCGAGCUUAGUAAGCUCGGAGGCGGAGGCGGAAGCUGUGCUGGAUCUUCUGAACGAUGGGGAGGCGAAGCUGGAAAGAGGAUAUCAUGAAAAGGCGGUGCUGGUGCUCGGGAACACAGGCUCAGGGAAGAGCACACUGACCCAGUUCCUGAGCGGGAACGAUCUGAACCUGACCUCGUUCGAGACCGAGGAGGGCUUGGGCGACUUCAUAAUCCAGGACACCUCCGGAAGGAUCAGCAACGGAUCGGCCACCAUGUCAUGGACCAUCUUCCCGGAGGCGAUGCUGGACAGUAAGUCCGGAACGGUCUUCUUCGACUGUCCCGGGUUCAGCGAUACGCGGAGCGCGGCCCACGACAUCGCGGCCACCUAUUUCACGAUGAAGACGAUCGAGAACAUCGGGAGAGUCAAACUCCUCUUCACCGUGGCCUACUCUUCGGUCAGGGUCGGGCAGGACAGACACGACUUCAUGGAGCUCGCCGAACACAUCGUCACCAUGGUCAAGAAUCUCGACAAGUUUCAGGACAGCAUCGCGCUUGUUGUCACCAAAGUGGAAAAUCUUCAAUCAGGAGGGGGAAUCGUGCCCGACGAGAAAAUUAUCCGCUCCGUCGCUGGGUUUUUAAGGAGGGCGAGGGUUGAAACUCAGCAAAAAAUUGAGAGCACAAGUAUGUCAGCCGAUAGGAAACAGCUGCUCAUGGCCGUUACUAAAUUCAUCGAAAUCCUGCUGCAGACAGAGGGCGAGACUUAUUUGAGAUUGGGUGUGUUCAGGAAACCCGACGAAGCUGGUCCUCUUCGAUUGGUCAACUCACUGAAAGAUAGCAAGGAGCCCCUGGAAAGAAUUAUUCACCGAAAUAUUCGAUUUACCGCUCACCAAGUGAAAGAUUUCGGCUAUACGAUUUCCUCCAGCUCCCAGACUAUCGUACAUGAUUUGGUUGAAACGUUAAAAGACAACAUGGCCUCCGACGUUACACAACUAAAACGGGAGGUAGAAGAAAUAUUCUUGUCUCGUGAAGAGAUAUCAAGCGAUGUUCAAGUUUCGAGGGACAUAUUUCAGCAGGCGCAUAAAGUACUUUCCGGGACGUUUCAACAGAUAACGACACCUGAUGAUUUUGUCAAGCGUCUCAUUAGUAACACGAGAACUCUGAACAUUACUUUGUCGCAAGGCCCACUUGCAGGUGUUGAAAAACAGAGUCGUUACUUAGAAUUCUUCUCGAAUUUUGGUGCGCGAGAUAUUCUACCCCUCGAGUAUGCUCAGGACUUCCCGAAGUUGCUGGAAUAUUUGAGCUCAACUGCAAAUUAUUACAAAGUGCUAGUGUAUCUGUCCAAUGCUUUGACGAAUUGUGAUUUAGCGAUCAAGGAUGGCAUUGAGAAAAACGUUUCUUUCGCAAAAAUUCCUUACGACCAAUCAGAUUCCUCGAGAAAAAGACGACAACUGGCUGUAGAGCUUACAUUCGCGAGUAUGUUGCUGCCGCAAAAAGAUAGACACAUCCUCGACAGUGAGUACUCGAAAAUCAGAGACAUAGAAUUCAACGAGCCGAAAUUGAAGAGACUGGAGCAAAUCUGGAACAGGGUGGCUCUGACCAAAAUGAACGUCUACUGUCACAAAAAUGAUGGAAGGUUAACGGUGCGGAGCGUUUGUUUGCGACUGAGCAAGUUUGUCGAUUCCCUCGACAGUCUCUGCCCGGGAGCGAAAGUCAUCGAGAUUUUUGCGUUGGAUAAAGUUUUCAUCGAUUCCGACUUGAAGCUAACCGGAAGAGAGGCUCAGGUCUCGAUCAUAGCGCCUGCGUGGGAGGUUGAGGGGGUCCGAGAAAUCGUCCUGAACGGCCUCCCAGGUAAUAAGACGUACACGCAGCAAAAACGGGGAAGUGUCAGAGGUUGGUCCUUCGGAUCCCGUGCAGUUUCCGUCCUGAUAGGAGAAGAUGGCGCGGAUGGGCCGGAUGGAUCUUCCGCUGGGAGUCUCCUCGGCAUCGCAGACAGAAUUAUCAACGGCAAGUUGCUACACAUUUUCUCGAUAGGGGGGCAGGGUGGGCCCGGGCAAGAUGGCGGCGACGGCGGACCGGGCGCAGAUGGAACCAUCCCGGAAUGGGGUACAACCUACGGGAAUCUGAUAGAAGACUCUCACUGCACAGAUGACACCGGGUUUUGGAAUAGCGUUGGCGCCAAAGAUUACGAUGAUAUAUGCACCGUCACCGGUCACAAGUGCAGGGAUGGCGGUGACGGCGGGAGUGGCGGAGCGGGGGGGAGGGGCGGGGAAUCAGGUCAAGUUCUUCUCAUCGGGGACGGCCAGGAUAUGAUCAGCCGUCGCGUCCGCAAUGGAGAAUCCGGGCGCCCGGGCACCCCCGGGCGUGGAGGGCCAGCCGGGUCGCCGGGACGCACAAGGAGGUUCCGGAAGUAUCGCUGGAUUCUUGGGACACGACAGAAACUCGAGACGAGAGGCGAGUGGUACCUCCAGCGUUGCUCCGCCGGAAAGGACGGUUCCCAGCGUCUGAAGCCUUCGCUUUCUCCUCAAAGUGGGAGGAAGCUCCCGUCCAGUGCAACUAUCGACAGCUACAAAAGUUUCGUGCGAGAAAAUCCCACCCUCAUAUCCGCCAGUCUGAGUCAAUUCCUGAAAAACACUUUGGAGAGCCACAAGGCAGUUAAGGAUCUUUAUGCUCCUCCUUGAGGAUCUACAGCCCGGCACAUUCUUAUUAUUACAAAUUCAGCACUAUACCUGUACAAUUAAUUACAUACCUCAAUACUAGUUAACUAUGUUAUAAUGUAAAUACUCUGUACAGGAAGAUACAAAAAGAACAAAGAUCAGUCAGGGAAAAGGUCAGUUAGAACAAAGAUUUACCACGAGAAAAUUUGAAUUUCAACUUGAUAUCGUCCGGCCUGAGUCGAUUCCUGAGAUACACUUUGGAGAGCCACGAGGCAGGCACGGGUCUUUACGCUUUUUGUUACGGAUCCACAGCCGAAACAUUAAAGGCGUAAUUCCCUUUUUUUACUAUGUAUUCAGCACAUCUUUUUAUAAAAAAAUAGUACUAUUUACCCGUACACUUAAAUACAUACUUUAAAAUCUACUUGAUGAGAUUAUAGGAUCCUUACUCCGAGCAAUAUUAUAAACUUAAGGUCAGUUAGACCAAAAUACAUCAAGAACAAAAGUCAGUCUUGCUAAAAAUGGUGAGUACAAAUGAGUAGAAAAUCAAAGUCAUAUGAAUAGAAUUUCAACUUAUAUGAAUAGAAUUUGAUUCAUAUGAGCAGAAAUUCUCUAUCCAGUUUUCGCCAACUUCUAUGACUAAAGAUUCCAACUCAUAUUUAUGACCAGAGAUUCCAACUCAUAUACAUACAUAUAUUACCAGAGAUUUCAAUUCAUAUGAGUUUAGCGUUGAAUCUACCGUGUCCGAUAUCUCAGAAACUAGUCAUCGCAUAAAAAAAAAAUCACUAGAAUGAAAUGUUUUUAUUUUUCAAAUUUACAAACUAUGUCUGUGCCUCCUGGUCGGAAACAGCACUUCUGAAAAAUGAAAAAAAUUGAAUUCGUAUGAGUAGUUUUCUACUCUUAUAUGAGUAGAAUAUUCUAGUGAUAUGAGUAGAAUUUCUUCUCAUAUGAGUAGGAUUUCUACUCAUAUAAGCAGGAAGUUCUAUUCGUGUGAGUUGGCGAAUUGGGAAUAGCCUACUCGUCAUUUUUAGCAGGGAGUCAGGAAAUAAGGCAGUUGGAACAAAGAUAUACCGCGAACAAAUUUAAACUUCAGCUUGACAUCGACUACAUAGCCGGAGCCGAUUCCUGGGAAACACUUUGAAGAGCCACAAGGCAGUUAAGGAUCUUUAAGCUUUUCUUUACGGAUCUACAGCCAAAGCACUAAAGCUGUAAAAGCCAAAAUCAAUUUAUAUUUCCCACGGACGAUAUGAUUGUAAUACACGACUUUAAAUUGUACAGCGAGAAAACCAUCAUUUCAAUUGUUGAACUUUCGUAGGUACUUUUUUAUGAAUUCAUUCUUGUCAUCUUAAGUAGAACCAUUCUCCGAAACUUUUUUUGUGUGAUUUUUUGCUGCCUUUGGUUCGGACAAAUUUAUCAAGAGCAAACAAUUUUAAAAAACGCUGAUUUCAGUUUUUUCCCCCGUCAAAAACCUGCCUGCUUAUUUUAUUUCAUUACCUCUAAGACUUAUUUACACCUCAUUGAGUACGAGCCCAAGUCAGCUCCGUGAAUUUAAUGCAAUUUAUCUAUUUUAGCAUUACCAUGUAAUGCUCAUUCAAUCGUUCUGAUAAUAUUGUUUGUGAUGCCGACUUUCGUUUUGAGAAUUCUUUUCAAUUUUAUUUUUAUAUUCCUUUUGACAACGAGGGCGAAGCUCCGAUCCUUCGUUCGACAUUUUUAUGAGAGGAGCAUGGAGGACAAGGCGCAUAAGUGCAGUUUUUUGCUAUUUUAAGGAAUGUGUUCAAAGUUUCGAAAUUACAUGGAGCUUUAUGGCAGAAAGGAAGUUUAUACUCACUUUUUGAUACGUACUUUAAAGUUGGAUUUUAUUUUUGAAUUUUUCAUAGAAUAUACUCUCAAACUAGUUUUGGUUGA